CAAAAAAAAAAUAAAAAGCAUCCUCGAAGAAAACUCGAUUAACGAAAUAUUUUCAUUCGACGUGAAUGCUUUCUUCCGCUAGGAUUAAACAAAAGCCAAUUCCACGAGUUCCCGUGUUCCUUUCGCGAAGUACAUAUUGUCAUGAAAUGGUUGGUAGUUGCAUCGAUGCCAGGAUAAACUCGACACGAGAACCGGGAACACCGAAACUUGUCACUCAGUUUUCGUCGGAUCGCGAAACUUGUACGAAGCUGUGUACAUACUAUGUUUCGCGGUACGAAUGAGUAGCGAAGCGAGUCGGAAACCUUGUACAUAAUUCCUUUAGUCGUAGCGCUGCUAUGGCAUGUGUAGGAACAAAGUAUUGCUAUCGACGGAAACUUUGAUUUCAAUUAUGUUGGUUGGUUCGAUCGAACCAUACCUUUUACCGGAACAAGUUCCUGAUUCGAAUUUUAUUACGUAAUAUCGUCGAAAUCUUCUUUAUGCGCGACUUACGUUCACGAGGUAUUUAAACGACGUGCCUGCGGACCAAAGGAUAAUUUAUUUAACGAUGCCCGGGAAUAUGACAGUAGGGAGCACCCUCAUUGACGAGGAAUUCCGUCGUAUUAAACUUGAAAGGGAGCAAGAAUGCUACAUACAGGCCAUGAAUUCAACAACACCCCCACCAGAGCCAUACUGUCCAAUAACGUUCGACGGAUGGUCCUGUUGGCCAAACACCCCAGCUGGAACAACAGUGUACACGCCAUGUCCAAAUUUCGUCACCGGUUUCGACCCGUCGCGGGUGGCGCACAAAUAUUGCGAAUCAAACGGUACCUGGUUUCGACAUCCAGAGUCCGAUCUGGUGUGGAGCAAUUACACGACAUGCGUCAACAUGGAGGACCUCAGCUGGCAGCAGGUGAUUAAUGGAAUUUACGAAGCCGGAUACGCGAUAUCGCUAAUAGCGUUGUUACUGUCGUUGGUAAUACUGACGUACUUCCGCUCUCUGAGGUGUGCAAGGAUCACUCUUCAUAUGAAUCUGUUCGCAUCGUUUGCUUUGAACAACGCCCUCUGGCUCGUCUGGUACAGAUUCAUCGUCGCGAACACGGAUUUACUGUUAAAUAAUGGGAUAAUGUGUCGCCUCUUACACAUCGUCCUGCACUAUUUUCUGCUCACCAAUUACGCAUGGAUGUUGUGCGAGGGUUUCUACCUUCACACUCUUCUCGUUAGCGCCUUCAUCAGCGAGCACAAGCUAGUAAAAUGGCUGAUGGCGCUCGGAUGGCCGGUGCCGGCGGUCAUCGUCACCAUUUACGCCUGUCUCAGAGCGAUAAGCAACAAUCCUGCGGACUCUGCACAGUGUUGGAUCAACGAAGGCAAUUACAUGAGCGUGCUGAUCUAUCCGGUCUGCGUCUCCAUGCUUUUGAAUCUAUUGUUCCUCUUCAACAUCGUGAGGGUGCUGUUGAUGAAACUGAGGGCGGGACCUACGAUCGGCACACAACCCUCGAGAUCCAUACGACAGGCAUUUCGAGCAACGUUGCUUCUCGUGCCGCUUUUGGGUCUACAUUAUCUGGUAACCCCGUUCAGACCACCGAAAAACCACCCCUGGGAACAAUUUUACGAGGUUCUCUCCGCAAUAACGGCCUCGUUUCAGGGUCUCUGCGUCGCCAUAUUGUUCUGUUUCUGCAACGGUGAGGUGAUAGCGCAAUUCAAGAGGAAAUGGGAGGGCACGGCGCUUCUACGAAAUCGGGCCAAUUCUUGCACAGCCACGACGGUCUCGGUCCGAUGGCGGGAGAGGAGAAGGUGUGACUACCAGUCGACCACGAUGGAACAACUGGACCUAAAGCCCGUAGACAGACAACAAUCCGAGCAACUGGUCGCCGCUCGUCGGGUCACCAAUAAUCUCAACAAUCACGCUUAACUGUUCGUCGAAAUCAAUGACUCUCUCAACAGCUACGAACAAACGCAGUGUUGAUGGUUCCCGGUGAGAGUGAUCGUACUUGACCCGUGAAACGAUUGAACGGUGAUUGAAAACAUUGGCGAUCGAAUACCGUAAAAAGAUGAUUUUUUUAGCUGGAGAGUUUAUUUUCAGUUUGGUCGUGGUUUUGGAAUUUUUUAAUUUAUUUAAAAAUAACAACCAAUUAGAACAAAAACACGAGGACGAUGAUACCGAGUUUGCGUAUUAGUCAAUAACAGAUUGUGAAAAUAUUACGAUAGCUAUAAGACAACGAGUACGAUAACUUACAAAUGUAUUUCCAAAAAAAAAAUACAAGACGAUUAAUGUUUUCAUCCGUGUUUCCGAGAAGCUUAAUUUUGAGAGAAUGGAACAAGAGUUAUUUGAAUAUUUUAAUAGAGUCUUAGGAAUGAAUAAAAAUAAAUAUGAUUUCAAUUUAGAAAUAAGUUUUCUUGGGACCCUCGAAUAUUUUUGGGGUAGCGUUUAAACAAACGAAAACAGAGAAUAAAGAAUAUUAUCUCCCAGUCCAUACACUGUAUGCAUCUCAUUGUUCAAUUAAAUAUUAACGAUCAUUGUUCAGGUUUAUAGAAUUAGAAUUUACCGAAACGAAAGAUAGUUUAUUAACCUCUUGGGCACGAGGGAUUUUCUUUCGCGGAUGCCAUCUUUUUGAACGACGCGCCACUACAGUGGCGCUAAAUUCACAGUUUGCUCACUCUGCCGUACAGAGAAAGUCGCGCGCAAAAUUCAGCCGUGGCUAAGAGGUUAAUUCGUGAAAAAAGUCUGUUAUAACUUACAACAAUUUUCAUAUUUUUUCUCGUAAUAUUUGAUUGGAAUAAUUUCUCGCAAAACGCAUACCACCCCCAAGAAAAUAACGACUGUUAAUUGGUACUUACGUAAACGAACUUUCAUACUGAGUUAAGGUGUGCAACGAUUCUUAAUUUAUACAUACAGAAUGUUAGACCAACCCUGGGAAAAAUUUUAAUGGGAGAUUCUAGUGGCCAAAUAAGAGGAAAAUCAAGAAUACCAAUUUGAUGAUGGAGGCUUUGUUAAGAAGGUAUUAAAACAUUAA